CCCCGACGUUCCCACAGCCCCCUGGACGCUAGAUCAUGGGGCUGCAGCCUUCCCCACCCUUGGGAACUCGGUGGAGUGGUUAGGUUCUCUUUAUCUCGCCAGUGUGCCUGCCUGCUUGGCCAGCGCAGUUUCACUUUUGCAAACAUCUGUUUAUAUCCCUCGAGAGAAAAAUAUCAAGCAGCCUGCCCCCAAGGACGCUGUUUCAAGGUGAGCAAGGGCGGUGGGAGAUGGAUAAUUACACAGCGGCCCCGGACGACGAGUACGACGUCCUCAUACAGGGCGACCUGGACAGCGGGGAGGUGGACCGAACCCUCGCCCCGGAGCUCCUCUCGGCCCGGCAGGUGCUGCAGUUUUGCUGCGCCGUGUUCGCCCUGGGUGUCCUGGACAACGCUUUGGCCGUGUACGCCCUGGUGAGGUUCAAGGGACUCAAGCAAGUGGGCGACGUCUGCUUUCUAAGCCUGGCGGUUUCGAACCUGUGUUUCCUGCUUCCCCUGCCCUUCUGGGCCCACGCCGCCGUGCGCGGGGAGAGCCCCGGCAACGCGACGUGUAAAGUUCUCGUCGGACUCCACUCCGCAGGCCUGUACAGCCAGGCGCUUCUCAACACCCUUCUCCUUGUGCAAGGGUACCUGGUGUUUUCCCAGGGGAGCUUGGCGACCACCCUCACCACACUGCCCUGUGCCGUUGUCACAAGCGUCCUGGCCUGGGUGUUGGCGGCUGCGCUCUCUCUGCCUGAAGCUGUGUUUUAUAAGCCUCAGAUGGAAAGACAGAAACACACGUGCGCCUUCGGCAAACCUCACUUCUUGCCGGUGGAAGAGCCGUUCUGGAAGCACGCUCUGGCUUUAAAGACGAACGUUCUGGCGCUGGUUCUUCCUCUGCUGGUUUUGAUAUUCUGCUGCGCGCAAAUGAGGAAAGCUCAGAGCUUCAGGGAGCGGUGGCACGAUCUCCGCAAGCCUGCUUUUGUCCUAAUGGGCGUGUUCCUUUUGAUGUGGGCACCUUACAGCGCUGUGCUCUUCCUGUCUGCUUUCCAGGAACACUUGUCCCUGCAGGGGGAGAAGAGCAGCUACCACCUGGCUGCAAGCAUCCAGGUCACACAGCUCAUCGCCACAGCCCACUGCUGCGUCAACCCUCUCCUCUGGUUGCUUCUUGACCAGACCGUUACUAGAUACCUCCGCGGCCUGUUCCCACGGUGCAGCAAUGUCCCGUUUCAAAGCGGCGGGGACCCUCCGCGAGCCGAGCCAAGGCAAGGUCACGACAGUCCCAUUGAGCUGUACAGUAGUGUGCAUCAAAGGCAGGAUGCGUAAACAUUAGUCCUUGUCUCUUCGCCUUGUUUUAUGUAAUUUUUGUUUGUUUGUAUAAAAAUGGAACGUGGGAAGAAAGGGGGCUGGUUAAUGGAUUUUCACUACUAAGCACUGGAUUUGGCUCUGGCGCAGAACCAAGCAAGCUACUUAUACCGGUGAACUCCAUCUCUCCUCCAUAGUGCUUGUCCGAGGUGUGGGUGUGGCUGGUGUGUGUCCCAUAUCUCUGAGAAAGAAACUGUAGCUCAGUAAUUUGUUCAGAGGUACACAGCUCUACGGCGGUAGGACAGAGAUCCCUUGCCUCAGGGCCUGUGAGUUAUGCUAAGUGUGCCAACCUUUCAAUGAUUGACAGCCAGGAGUGGCGGCAUGUGUCUGUUAAUCCCAGCACUCUCGGGUGGACUAAGGCAGGAGGAAUCCCACAAAUGCAAAGGUAGCCUGGGCAACAUAGCAAGACCUCCCCCAACUUCAACUUUUUUGUUCAACCAAUUACAUGCAGUGGAUAUGCACUUUUAAAGCCCACUUUGAGGGCUGGGACUGUAGUUCAGUUGGUGGAAUGUCAGCCCUGCAACCCUGGCUUUGACCUGCAUCGUGGAGUACACCUAGUACGGUCGUGGGUUUUUGCUCUGGUUUUUGGCUUUGGUUUUUUGAGAUAGGGUUUCUUUGCAUAGCCCUAGCUGACCUGGAACUCUCUUUAUUGUCCAGCCUGGCCUUGAACUGAGAUAGGUGCCUGUCUCUGCCUCCCAAGUGCUAGGAUUAAAGGUGGCGUUUGCCACCGCCGGUGCGCUACUUCAUUUCAGCUAAACUCAAGAGGUGGAUGAAGAAAGAUCAGAAGUUUAAGGUCAUCCUUGGCUACAUAGUGAGUUCAAGGAAACAUUAUGUUCAAAGCAAACAUUGGCACAGAAACACUUUUCUCAAGCACCUUCUGCAGGUCAUGAGAAGAACUGGCUGCAUGGAGGCUGUGAAACCCACUAGGCUCUCUCGACUGCUCGCUGUACCCAAGCUUCCCUGAUUAUUUCGGCCUAUGAGGGCUCCAGGUUUCAGAGUUAGUUGUCUCUACCUAUGUCAUGAAGGCUGUGGUGUUUCAGGAAAUUUAACAAGAGUAGACGUAAAAGUAUGUUUAGAAAUGCUGGGUUAGAUGAACACUGUGACCUUUGAAAUGUAACACAUACCUCAGGCCUCAUUAGCCUGUGACUACAAAUCAUUCCCCACUUCCUUCUGAAGGUGAGUUACACAGCACCGGCUCCUCCCAUCUGCCGGCCAGCAAGAGGCCAGCAGUUGCCCGGGUUACCCGUCUGGGGUGGCCCCUCUUCCUGCCUGUAGUGUUCAGAGCUCUAGCGUUCCUGCCUCUGGUGUCCCACAGUCCAUCUGGGCCGAGGGCUUGUGGCCACAGAUCUCACAGGGCUAUGAUCAGGCUACAGGCCUCAGAGUAAGUUAGGGGCAAGCAGGGGCGGGCAGGGAAGGAGUAUAACCAGAGCUCCCACCCAGGAACCCUUCCCAGGACAAAAGAUUCUCCUGUCAGUCAUCAUCAUAACAGAAGGAAGGGGAGGCGGCCUAGUGAGUGAAGGUACUUGCUGUGUGAGCCUGGUGACCUGAGUUCAAGCCCUGGAACCCACCUAAAGGUGGGAGGAGAGAUCUAACUCUGAAAAGUUGUCCUGAGACUUGCACAUGAGCCUUUCUGAACACGUGUGCUCGCAUGCUCUUGUGCACACACUCACAGGAACCACACCCCGAAAAGGAAUUUUAAAAAGAAAAAAAAAAUAUAUGGUGGUAUUUUUAAUGUCUCUAAGUAACUAAAAUUGGAAUUCUUGUACAGUGCUGGUGGGAAUAUAAAAUGACACAACCAGUUUGGGAGAAGAUGGAAGUUUGUCUAAAAGCUAAAUAUGGAGUUACCAGUCCCUCCACUUCUAGAUGCUUACCCAAGAAAAACGAAAACGAAAACGUGCCUGUACACACGCUUGGACACGAACCGUCGUGAAAGCUGUAUUUAUACAGCCGCAAGCUGCCAUCAGACCACCUGUGCCUCAACAGGUGGACAGAGAAGCAGUUGCAGACUACAGAAUCACACAGUCCUCAGAGGCAGAGCAAAUGGUGACUCCUGCUCAGUUAGUUAUAAUUUCCAAUGUGUUCAUUCUUAAUUUUUUAUUUAGAUAUAAUUUUAGAAAACGCAGACUAACCCUCAGUGGCUGAUGUAAGUGGCUGCUGAGGAUGCUUACACAGGAGGAGUAUGGGAUACAUUACAAAAGGCUCACUGAGGGUCUGGUGAAUAUGUUUGCUAUCUGGGCGGCAGUGCUGUUUUUACUGUGGCCUAUCAUGCAGCCACUGUACUCCAAUAUGGCUGGUUUUAAAAGCCUCUGAGGCACACCAGGGUGUUACUUCAGGCUGUCUUGGGGCACAGCCUAGGGUCCUCUGCUGCCCAGGCUUCCAUCACAUGCCCAGAGUUUCCAGGCAGCACAAGGGAUGACUGCACCCUUUCACCCUUACCCAUGACUAGGGAGGAGAACGGGGGUGGCUUCUCUCUCAGCUGCAAGAAAGAAGAGAGACUCAGGCAGAAAGCAUCCCCGUAGUUAUGCAAAGAGGUUUGGAAAGUUCAAGAAUAUAAUCUCUUCACAGAUUUAAGGAAGCAGGUCUGGGCUCUCCAGCCACUUCUAUGUUAAACAGAAGUCUGGGAGGGAGUAGUUUCCUUCUCUGACAUUCACUGAUAGGGAUGAACUUAAAGAAUGGCCUUGUCAGCAUUUCCAGGAUGAAAAUUCAGAAAGUGGAAAGAUCUAAUGGGAGCUGUAGGUAAGACAGGUGCUGAGAAUCCAAAGUGGAUGUGGUAUACUAAAAAAUGGGAAUCCAGCAGGGCCUUUCUUCUGUGUUAGAACAAGUGGACUGUCUCCUGAAAAGAAAAAAAAAAUUGUGGAAAGUGAGAUGGCUCAGGGGAUAAAGCUGGUUACCAUCAAGCCUGAUGACCCACGUUGGGUCCCCGGGAUCCACAGGGUAGAUGGAGAGAGCAAACUCCUACGAGCUGUCCUCUGACCUGUAUGUGUGUGCUUUGGCGUGCACACACACACACACACACACACACAAAUAAACACGUAAUAAAAUUUUAAAAUAACACUAGCUUUUCUAUUUUUCCACAAAUACUGUAAUAAAAAACUAACAAACAGUAAAAAGCAAACAGAAAA